AUGAGAAAUCCGGUCGUAGGACACGAGAAUGCGGGACCUUGCGUCGCUGAAGCCACGACUCUGGAUGAAGUAGAUGAAGUGCUCGUGCUACUGCUACUCGAGCUAGAUGAGCUGCUCGUUGAUGUGGUAGUUCGUGAAGAAGACGAGGUUGAGGAUGAGAUUGAGGUAGAACUCGAACUUGAGCUCGAACUUGAGGAAGUCGAGCUCGAAGACGAUGUUGAGGUACUGCCGGCUCUUGAGGAGGACGAUGAGCUCGAUGCUGUGCUUGUCGUGGUUGAAGUUGAGGAAGUGCUGCUUGAGCUCGAGCUAAUUGAGGCCAGCGUAUUUGACUGGACACUGACGCUGCUUGACGAAGACGAAGAAGAGCUGCUUGAAGUAGACGAAGACGUCGAGGAAGACGACGAUCUCGUCAGUGUGGAGAAUGUCGAAGCGCUUGAUGAAGUCAGCAACGUAUUGGGCGCAACGCUAGCAGAUGAGCUUGAAGAUGAGCUCGAUGAGGAGCUUGUAGAUGAGCUUGAAGAAGAAGAAGACGAUGAUGAAGACGAAGUUGCAACUGUGCUUGAGGAAGAGCUGCUCGAGGUCGGCGAGAGUGAUGACGAGGUUGACGUCCUAGAGGUUGACGUUGAAGGACUGCUUGUAGUCGAGGCCAAGCUCGCCGCGUUAACUGUGACGCUCGAAGAUGAGGUGCUUGAAAGAAUACUGCUCAAGCUACUCGUACUCGUAGAAGUACUGUUGCUCGUCGUGCUACUACUGCUGCUUGUUGUGCUGCUUGUUGUGGGAAUCAAAGUUGCGGGGUUGACCGUGACACUAGUAGACGAAUUCGAAGAGGUAUUGGCUAUACUGCUAGUACUAGAACUACUAGAGGUAGAGCUGGUGGUGCUAGUAGUGGCACUGCUGGAUGUAGAGAUCAAGCUUGCUUGGUUCGCCGUAGGUGCGGUGGUAGAGCUACUCGAAGAACUACUCAAAGAGCUGCUUGAAGUGCUGGUUACAGACGCCGUGCUAGAUGUCGAGCUUUUGCUUGUCGAGGUACUUGUCGAAGCACUUGUUGUAGAGCUCGUUGUAGACAGCAGGGUGGCUGCGUUGACCGUCGCACUCGAAGAAGUGGAAGAAGAGCUAAGAGCAGAACUGCUAGAUGAUGGGCUGGUAGUAAUGCCGCUACUCGUGGAUGUCGAGCUCGAAGAGCUGGUAGCAGUGGGAGAUGCUGAGCUGGUAGAAGAACUACUGCUUGUAGAAUCACUGCUAGUGGUGGAUACCAAUGAGGCUGCUUCAACCGUCGGGCUUGAAGAAGACGAACUGCUAGUUGAGGAGCUGCUCGAGAACCUGCUCGUACUCGUAGAAGUGGUACUGGUGGUGGAGAUUGAACUCGAAGAGCUUGCUGCGGUAUUGGGGAAAGAACUGGUGGCAGAGCUGCUGCUCGUGGGCGUCCCGCUAGUGAAGGUGGAUAUCAGAGUAGCCGCGUUAAUCGUUGGACUGGAUGAAGAAGACGAGGACCAUGUAGUGCUGACAGAAGAGAUACUCGUUGCAAUUGAUGAGGAGCUUGUCGUUGCCCUUGAAGAUGAAGAUGAGGUAGUCGAAAGAUUGCUCGUAGGAGCGCUACUGGUCGUUAACAGGAGUGUGGCUGCUAUCACUGUUGCGCUGGUUGAAGAAGAAGAAGAAGAAGAAGACGUGCUAGACAGACUACUACUAGCAAUUGUACUGCUGCUAGUAGAGGCAACUGUGGCUGAGCUGGUCGAUGAGCUGAGAGAGGAUGAAGAGCUGCUUGUGGAGCUGCUCGAUGGUGUCGCUGUUGAGCCAGUGCUUGAUGACAGCAACGUAGCUGGAUUGGCUGUUGCAGUGGCGGAGGAAGUAGUGCUGGAGAUGGUACUACUGGUAGUGGAGCCCAAACUAGACGUUGAGCUCGAUGACGACGAGCUGCUAGUCACAGUGCUUGAAGAUGACACUGUUGUGCUGCUUGUCGUAGGAAGCAGUGUGGCGGCGUUGGCAGUUGGGCUGGCAGAGGAAGAGCUACUGAACAAGCUACUGCUAGAUGUUGUACCGCUAGUAGUGGAGCUUGCGCUGACUGUAAAGCUAGAAGAAGAAGAAGAACUGCUACCGAAACUACUCGAAGAGGACGAUGUAGUACUACUACUUGUGGGAAGAAGCGUGGCGGCGUUCGCCGUCGCACUGACUGACGAUGUUGUACUCGAGAUAAUUGACGAGGAGGUGCUGGUCGGCGCUGAGGUACCGCUAGACGCAGAUGAAGAUGUAGCAGGGCUAGAAGAGGUGCUUGUUGACGAUGAACUGCUCUGGGAGCUGCUUGAAGAACUGCUCGUCGAAGCGCUAGAAGUUGUAGGUACCAAUGUGGCGGGGUUAACAGACACGCUGGAAGAAGUAGAGCUACUGAAUGAGCUGGGUGACGAUGAGCUGGUGGAGCUACUUGGCGAGGACGUCGACGAUGUGCUUGAAACGCUUGUGGUCGUGGAAGUGCUGGAAGAGCCAACUGAGCUUGAACUAGAUAGCUCGGUUGUGCUGGUAGUUGAUGAUAACGCGGCAGUCGAUGAUGUCGACAACAAAGUUGUGGGAUUGGCAGCCGGGCUCGAUGAAGCUGAGCUGGCAGAAGAAGAAGAAGAAGAAGCGCUCGAAGAGCUGCUGAAUGAACUGCUGGAGGACUCGCUCAAAAGGCUACUUGAGCUGCCCCCAAGGGACUGGCUUAAGGUACUACUUGAUGUCGAUGAAAUCUGUAAUGUAGACGUAGAUGAGGUCUGUGAUGUAGAAUUCGAUGACAGGGGCUCCGAGCUGGACGAGGCGCUCGUUGAAGAAACAGUCGUGAUCGGCAGCAGAGUAUUCGCUUCGAUAGUACUAGAUGGAGUUGAGGACGUGAUACUGGAGGUACCGGGAGAUGUGCUGGAAGUCGACAUAGAAGACACUCCCGUACUACCUUCGGAUGUGCUAGCUGAAGUCGACAAUACCUGUGAAGUUGAGGUCGACGAGAGCGAGUCUGAGCUGGAAGACCAGCUCGUCAAAGAAACACUCGUGCUCGACAGCAAAGUGUUUGGCUCAACAGCAUUUGUUGUACUUGACGACGAAGCGCUAGGACUCGUGGAAGAAGCGCUUGGAAGCGAUUCAGACGUCGAAGAGCUUGUGGAAAUCGAGACUGCCGCAGUUAGAGUCGUCUCAACAUAA